AUGGACGACUACGAUGCUCUCGAGGAUUUCGACUUCGAGCAGACGCUCGGCCCCGGCCCGCUUCCGCCGUCCGCGCCCGCCUUCAGCACCGCUGUCCCCGCCUCCGCGCCCGGCGCGGCGGCAUCCGCGGAGCCGAGCGCCGGCCCGGGCGCAGCCGGCGGAGCGGGCGGCGGCAAUUUCGGCGCGCGGGCCGAUGGGUUCGGCGGGGGUUCGUCGCAGCACCCGCAACCCCCGUACCAGCAGCAGCAGCAACACCAUCAAUUCCCGCAAAGUCAGCAGCAUCAGCAGCAACAACAGCAGCAGCAGCAGCAGCCGCCACAUCAGCAGCAGGCACACGACAUGGGAGGGGGGCACGGGGGAGGCCCGCCGCCUGCCGGUUUCCGGCGGAAUUACCGGCAGACCGUUUGCCGGCACUGGCUGCGCGGGCUGUGCAUGAAGGGCAACGACUGCGGGUUUCUGCAUCAGUACGACAAGAGCCGCAUGCCGGUUUGCCGGUACUUUGCGCGGUACAAGCUUGGAUUCUGCCCGAACGGCCCGGAUUGCCGCUACAGACAUUUAAAGCUGCCCGGCCCGCCCCCUCCUGUGGAGGCCCUAGCUGAAAAGUUUCAGCUGCAGCUGCAGCAGCGCCCGCCCUUCCACUUCGCGGGGGGGAUGGGGGGCGGGGGAGGGGGCAUGGGGGGAGGCAUGGGCGGAGGCAUGGGGGGAGGCAUGGGAGGAGGCAUGGGGGGAAUGGGGAUGGGGAAUGGGGGGUCAAUGGGGGGAGGCAACAAGCCUGUGCGGUUCUUUUCUGGACCUGGGGGGGUGGAGCAGCAGGGGGGCGGGGGGAUGGGCGCACAUGGCGGAGGGGGGAUGGGGGUAGCGGGAGGCAUGGGGGGAGGCAUGGGGCAAGGCAUGGGGCAAGGGGGAAUGGGACCAGGGGGGAAUAUGGGGUCUGGGGGAGGAGCAGGUGGGGGUAUGGGCGGAGGCGGGGGAGGGGGAAUGGGGGGAGGAGGGGAGAUGGGGCAAGGGGGGCACAUGGGGCAAGCAGGCGGGGGAGCAGGGCCUGCUGGGGGGAUGGGCGCAGGCGGAGGGGGGAUGGGGCCAGGCGGAGGGGGAAUGGGGCAAAGCGGAGGGGGAAUGGGGCAAAGCGGAGGGGGAAUGGGGGCGGGCGGAGGGGCAGGGGGUUCAGUUGUGAAUCAGCAAGCGCAGCAAACAGGGCAGCAGCAGGGGCAGCAAGGGGGGCAGGGGGGGCAGGCGCAGCAGGGGGGACAGCAGCAGCAAGGGGGAGGAGGGAUGCAAGGGGUGAGUAGAACCACGGGCGAAGGGGGAGCAGAGGGCGCACCCACAGCGGGAGGGGGAGGCGGAGGCGGAGGCGGAGGGGGAGGGGGAGGGGGAGGGGGAGGGGGAGAUGUUGCCAAUGGGGUGGGGAACGGAAGGGACGGGGCAGAAUCAGGGGGUGGGAUGGGCGGUAUGGGGACUGCUGAAGGUGGUGCUGCUGCUGCUACUGGUGGGGGUGGUGGUGGUGAUGGUGGUGGAGGAGGAUUUGGGGGCGGAGGCGGGCCGGCGCACAUGCUAAAUCAGGCAAACGUUCCAAAUCAGGCAAAUGCUCCAAAUCAGGGGCAUAUGCAGCAACAGCAAGGGAUGGGGGGUCAAUCAGGAGGAGGGAUGGGGGGAGGGGGAGGGAUGGGGGGAGGGAUGGGGGGAGUGGGGAUGGGCGGGGGAGCAGGAGGGAUGCACGGGGAAGGGGGGAUGAUGAUGGGGGAUGCGUCAGCAGCAGGCAUGGGAGCAGCAAUGGCGCCAUCUCCGCCCAUGAGUCUCGCCAUCCCGCCACCACCCGGCACAACCAGGUACUUCAUAGUGAAGAGCAAUAAUCUGGAAAAUCUGGAGCUGUCAGCACAGAGGGGUAUGUGGGCGACGCACCGCAACAACGAGGGGAAGCUGAACGAGGCGUACGAGUCGUGUGACAGCGUUAUUCUGAUCUUCUCCGUGAAUGAGACGAGGCACUUCCAGGGCUGUGCUCUAAUGAUGUCACGCAUAGGGGCCGUGGUGGGGGGAGGGCCGUGGAAGUAUGCUCAGAGGAUGGGCAGCUAUGGUCAAAACUUUCGUAUCCGAUGGCUUAAGCUCUGCGAGCUCUCGUUCAACAAGACACGCCACCUGCGCAACCAGUACAACGACAACCAGCCCGUGAAGAUCAGCCGGGACUGCCAGGAGGUGGAGCCAUCAGCAGGCGAGCAGCUGACUGCACUGCUGUACCGCGAGCCAGACGCUCCUUUGCUGGCCACGGCACGGGAAGCAGAGAAGAAGAGACUGAUGGAGCAGCAAGCUCAGGCGCAGGGGCGGGGGGGCAUGGGCGGAGGGAUGGGCGGAGGGAUGGGGGCAGGGAUGGGCGGAGGGAUGGGCGGAGGGAUGGGCGGAGGGAUGGGUGGGAUGGGCGGAAUGGGCAUGCACAUGGGCAUGGGAAUGGGAGGAAUGGGGAUGGGGGAUAUGGGGGGUAUGGGUGGAAUGGGGGGUAUGGGCGGUAUGGGUAUGGGCAUGAAUAUGGGUGGUGGGGCUGUUGGCACACGUCAGGCAGGGAACAAACGAGCGAGCCAGAAGAAAGAAGAGGAGGAGGAAGAGGAGGAUUCAGAUGAUGACGACGAUGAUGAGGAUGAUUCUGAUGAUGAAGAUGAUGAUUCUGAUGAGGAUGAUGAGGAGAGCGAAGAGGAAAAGGAGGAGAAAGGAGGGAAGAGGAGUGGGGGUCAAGUGCUUCUGGUGGCCGAGGUGCAACCUCGGGCGGAGGUUCGGGGCGAGGUUCGGCUAGAGCAGGUCCAAAUGACCAGCGUCGGAGCUUUGGCUCAGGCCAAAGCAGCGGAGGAGUGGGAGGUGAUGGUGAGAGGGGGAUAG